AUGAGCACAGUUUUUGAUUGUAACUGUCUGAACCGAUUAGGUUUGGAGUGUUAUGUAUGCGAGAACCAAGAAGACAAUUACGAGAAAUGCAUAUCCACGGUCCAGCUGUGCGACCCAGAAAUCCAUGAUGUUUGCAGCACAAAUGUUCGCUGGGGAGUGACAUUUUACUGGAUGCCAGCCGGCAAGAGAAUUCACUAUCUGAGCAAAGCUUGCGAUAAUAUGAAGAACUGCAUGCAACGGAAGAGGGCACUGGAAGAACGAUGCUAUCGGGAUUGGUGGGCAGACUGGAUCUGCGAAGACUGCUGCACUGGCGAUCGAUGCAAUUACUACGUCGUGCUCAGUGCCGAUCGUACCAGGAAUAACCGGCGCAUGAUUAUUGCAACCACCAUUGUCACUGCUGUUGUCCGCCAAAUCUUUUCCAGAUUGUGA